AUGAAUCCUAACACUGGUUUUAUUGAUGCGGUCAUAAAGAAUCUUAACUCUGGUGCUAUUAAUGCGGUAAUAAAGAACCCUAACUCUGGUGUUAUUGAUGCGGUCAUAAAAAAUCUUAACUCUGGUGUUAUUGAUGCGGUAAUAAAGAAUCCUAACUCUGGUGUUAUUGAUGCGGUCAUAAAGAAUAUUAACUGUGGUGCUAUUAAUGCGAUAAUAAAGAAUCGUAACUCUGGUGCUAUUGAUGCGGUUAUAAUGAAUCCUAACUCUGGUGCUAUUGAUGCGGUCAUAAAGAAUCCUAACUCUGGUGUUAUUGAUGCGGUCAUAAAGAAUCCUAGCUCUGGUGCUAUUGAUGCGGUUAUAAUGAAUCCUAACUCUGGUGCUAUUGAUGCGGUCAUAAAGAAUCCUAACUCUGGUGUUAUUGAUGCGGUAAUAAAGAAUCCUAACUCUGGUGUCAUUGAUGCGGUUAUAAUAAAUCCUAACUCUGGUGCUAUUGAUGCGGUCAUAAAGAAUCCUAACUCUGGUGUUAUUGAUGCGGUCAUAAAGAAUCCUAGCUCUGGUGCUAUUGAUGCGGUUAUAAUGAAUCCUAACUCUGGUGCUAUUGAUGCGGUCAUAAAGAAUCCUAACUCUGGUGUUAUUGAUGCGGUAAUAAAGAAUCCUAACUCUGGUGCUAUUGAUGCGGUCAUAAAGAAUCUUAACUCUGGUGCUAUUAAUGCGGUAAUAAAGAACCUUAACUCUGGUGCUAUUGAUGCGGUAAUAAAUGCGGUAAUAAAGAAUCCUAACUCUGGUGCUAUUGAUGCGGUUAUAAAUGAUAAGUAG